AUGUCACAGGCACCGGGCGCAUCUGACUCCCUGGGAGUUGGGACAGUGGCUAUCAAACCCGAGCCAGGUAUGCAACAGGUGCAAUCUGUUCAGCCUGGCUCUGGGCCUGAGCAAGUCCACCAUGUUGUUCAGCCUGAAGUUCAGCAAAUUCAACAAGUUCCCCAGGCUCAAGCCCAGCCUCAAGUCCAACCCCAGCCCAGUCAGCCUGUUCAGCAUAUCCAGCAACUCCCAAUCGACAACAAGGCCGCUCCUCAUGGCUCAGAGCAAAAGUUUGCCGCACCAAUGAAUGCUUCAUAUACUGAGCCUGCUACAAUGACGUCGGCUCCCAUGCAGGCUGUGUCUGGAACUGUACCAGCAACUGUCGCAACAACAACUAUUCCUACCACUCUCCCAGCGACCGUCCCGACAACCGUUCCUACCACCACCACCACCACCACCACCACCACCACCACCACCGCUGUUCCCACAACUCUUCCGGCCGCUGUUCCUAGCGCCAACAUGGCACCUGCUCCCAUGGUGCAUCCAGACUUUGCUUCAAGUGUCGCAGGGGGCGUGCCCCAGAUGCCCUUCAAGACCGAGCCAGCUGCAGCUCCUGCGCCAGCUCCCCAGGGUCCGGUGAAGGCAUUCCCUUGCAGCACCUGCGGGAAGCCGUUCGCAAGGCGGAGCGACCUCGCUCGACAUGAACGCAUUCAUAGCGGUAUCAGGCCGCAUGUUUGCGACUACCCGGGUUGUGGGAAGCAGUUCAUUCAGAGCGAUAGCAGCUCACUGGCCCGCCAUCGUCGUAUCCAUUCAGGACAGCGGCCCUACAAGUGCCCUUAUGCGGACUGCCAGAAGACCUUUACCCGCCGCACUACACUAACUAGGCACCAGAAUCACCACGUUGGUACCGUUGAGGAGUCAGCGCGGGCUCGUGCUGAGGCUCUGGCCCAAGGCGCCAGCGCCGCAGCAGCAGCCGCUGCCGCUGCCGCUGCCGCUGCCGCUGUUGCCAAGAUGCAGUCGCGGCCUGAGAGCGAACAGCCUUCUGUCCAAGAAUCUCCUGCUCCCUCGGCCCAAUCACCCGACCAGCGCACUGUCUCAAUGUCCCCCGGCGCUGAACUUGCCAACAUGAACAACAUGCAACAAUUCCUCAAUAACAACUCAAUCCCGGCACAUCUUCGCAGCGACGUCCAUGUUAGCAGCCCGGCCUCAACGACAUCAUCAGGCUUCAACAACGGCAUGCGACCAACUUCCCAUCCUACCGGUUAUGCACCUCAGCAGACGGCGAUCGAGCCUGGCGUAGAUAACACUCAGCAAGGACCCGGCAGUGCUGCGGGCAGCCCCCAUAUUGGCAGCGUCGGGUGGGCAUCUCCUGGCCCUGCUGGCUCUCCCACACAGAGCCCUAACGGCAAUACCUAUAUCUACCCUGAUCCUGAGUCUUACCCGACUGGUACCGCAAUGGGACAGAUGUUCUACAACAACACUGCAGCGACCACCCGCCGUCCCGAUAGCGCUGAGCCUGGUGCUGGAGCCGGCCGACAGGGAGAGCUCUGGGCAAACGCGCAGUAG